CAUCUACUCAAUGAUAUUUAAAAUUCAUAAACUAUUGUUAUUUAUAGCGCAAAUUACGAAUAUUAUUUAAUAGAGAUUUAAAUUCAAGAUACACGAAGGAUUUUUUCUUAAAAUAGUUCACCAUCAUGGAGAAAUCGUCAACCCCUAACCGUCAGCUCUCAAUGUGUGAUAUGAUUUCCGAUGAUUUAUCUGGAAUGAACAACCAAGACGUCCCAAAAUCAUGUGUCACUCAUGACAUCUGUGCAGAUAAACCCAAACUGGCGAACAAUUUUUGUACAUUUCUUCAAUGGCAGAAACACAACGAGGAACUACUAAGCCGAUCAGUUCAAGGGCAUCAUCAAUCAAAUGUGGUUGAGUAUAAUGUGCAGCGCGCAAUAAACACAUUAUCCGGGUCUGCGGAUAAAAGUAUGUCAGAUAGUACCAAUAAAAUUGCCGGUAUGACUAGAAACAUAGAUAGAUGGAAAGCACACAUGUUCCAAGUUAUAGAAAACAUGCGAAACGAAAUCGAUUUACUAAUUUUGAGUAAAACAAAAAUUCAAAAAGCCCAAACGGCAUUGCGUAUUAUAUGCUCCAUAUCUACUGAGUGCUUAGAACGACGGUCGUUUAGAUUGGAAACGGAUCUCACUUUAGAUCCUGGACAAGUGGAGCUUGUUAAAGAAAAAGAACUAAUUACUGAAAUCGGAAAUUUAUUUUGUCGCACAUUGUCCCAGAUAAAAGAUCAAUUAAACCGCAAUAAAAAUGUGAAGGUUCGACUCGAAAAAAAUUGGAGUGAUAAAUAUCAGUCAUUUCAAAUUGAUACCAUCAAUUUAGGGCUGAAUAUUCAGACACCUAUUAUUAUGUCACAUGCAGAUGUUAUCAAAGAUUCUGAAAACACUUGUUUGUCAGUACCAGAAUGGGAAUCAAUUACUAAAAGUUUAUAUGAAGAAGCUGAACAAGUUUUGAACGAAUCAAGACAAUUGAGAUCCAUAGUUGACGAUGUACUCAAAAAAAGUGCAAAUAGAUUAAGAGAUCAAGCUGACACAGUUGACAUUGCUCUGGCGCGGUUCAUAUCCGAUACACAACAAAUUGGACAAGCAAUAGAGAAUGACUUGAAACAAGUGGUUCAACGGUUGGGCGAUUCGGAAAAUUUAAUCGGAGAUCUCAUUCGCGUAAUAAUGAAUUUAGAAAAAGCAAAACAAACUGCUGAAACAAGGUUACACAAUCGGCUGAAACGUCCGGGGGAUGAGAACGUCAAGGAUAAUGCACAACUAAGCCUUAUUUCGGAAGUGAAAAACUUAAGCGAUCAAUUAAACACGCUCAAUUAUCAGUUGUAUUGUGCCAGAACAGGACACGGGGGGUUGCAAGAGGCGCGUUCGUUACUCGAGGACGAUUCUCGUAUUAAAAGGAAAACGCUUUGGAUCGAUAGCAUUAGAUGUCAGAGGAUACGAGCGCAUUAUCCUUCCGUAAACAUAUUACUUGGCCGAUGAAGCAACGUGAUUAUUUUAAAAUUAAUAAAAAUAAUAUAAAUUAUUUUGUUGUGACCCAACGAAGUACUAAUAAUAUAUCAUGCUAUUUAUUAAUACAAUACUCGCCAUAACUAACUAUUAAAUUAUCAUUUAACGAUAUAAACUCAAAAUAAUGUUGGCACUCAGCUAGACCACGUAUUUAUGCACACGCAUUUGCAAGCAAUACACACUUUUAUUUAUAAAAUAAAAUUAAACACUGUAGUGUUGUAAUAAUGUUGUAUAAAUUAUUGAUGUUUAGUAUUAUAAUAUUAUCACCCGUAUGGACAGUUAUUUAAGUGUUACUUAAAAUUAAACUAAGUGUCACCCACAGUCCCUUAAAAUUGCGUUGCACAGUCAUACUAAUUGUGUUAUGAAGUAGCUGUCACUUAAGGACUCUUUUAAAUCUAAGUGUUGAAUUAACUGCCCAUAGUGGUCC